GGCCCUCAGAUUUGUUGAGAUUAACAGGACCUGGACUCACAAUACAGCUUUGUUGUUGAAACAGAUUAACACAUCAAGUGACCGGAGGUGCAAAAGUCCCUCCGUCUCUCUUUCUUUCCCAGUUUGUACAACAUUCCCUCUGGAGCUGCAUUCACACUCCUCAGGAGCUACAUCGAGUACAAAGCUUAUUUUCACUUUCCGCGAUUUGUUGGCUUUAUGAAAUCCUGGUUGAUUGGUAACUUUGAGCUGAGACAAAAUAGAGAACAGCCCCUCACUGGUUUCCUUCAUGUCUGGCCGAAGUCAGCCGUCUUGGCCAGUUUGUGACAGCCAUGACAGUCACCUACUCUCGCCGGGUUGCAGAUGCUGGUCUUGGAACCUUCUUUCACCUGCUUCUGCGCUGGAAAGGCAGCAUCUAUAAACUGCUCUAUAGAGAGCUGAUCUUCUUUACUCUACUUUACUACUUCUUCAGUGUUAUUUACAGGUUUGUGUUAAGUGAUGAUCAGAAGCGGACGUUUGAGAAGCUUUCAAUAUAUUGUGACCAUUACGCAGAGCUCAUCCCUGUGUCUUUUGUGCUGGGAUUCUACGUAACCUUGGUGGUCUCCCGUUGGUGGGGCCAGUUUGAAAACGUACCUUGGCCUGACCGCUUGGCAGCAUUAGUGGGAGGUCAUGUCCGAGGAGUUGACGAGGCAGCCAGGUUGACCCGGCGAACUCUCAUGCGCUAUGCCAAUCUCUCUGGUGUGCUUAUCUACCGCUCUGUCAGCACUGCUGUCUACAAGAGGUUUCCCACCAUGGAGCACCUGGUGCAGGCAGGUUUGAUGACAUCAGAGGAACUGAGGCACCUGGAGGACCUUCCCUCCCCUCAUAACAAGUUCUGGGUUCCAUGCAUGUGGUUCGUCAGUCUGGCUUUGAGAGCUCGGACUGAGGGCCGCAUCAACAACGACGUAGCACUCACAGCCAUUCUCACGGAGCUCAACAACUUGCGGGCAAAAUGUAUGAAGCUGUACGGUUAUGACUGGAUCAGCCUGCCACUCGUCUAUACACAGGUUGUGACAGUGGCGGUCUACAGCUUUUUCUUGGCUUGUCUGAUCGGUCGUCAGUUCUUGGAUCCAGCUCAAGGUUACCCCGGUCAUGAUAUGGAUUUCUGUCUACCUGUGUUCACCCUGCUGCAGUUUUUCUUCUACGUUGGCUGGCUGAAGGUGGCUGAACAACUCAUAAAUCCCUUUGGUGAAGAUGAUGACGACUUUGAAACUAACUGGCUAGUUGAUCGCAAUUUACAGGUGUCUCUGUUGAGUGUGGAUGAGAUGUAUGACAGCCUGCCGCUGGUUGAGAGGGACACGUACUGGAAUGAGUCUGAGCCUCAACCGCCUUAUACUGCUGCCAGUGCGGAACACCGCAAACCCUCUUUCAUGGGAUCGGCACUGGACAUCAGUGUUCCUAAGGAGGAGAUGGAAUUUCAGACCAAUCUGGAGCAGAUCAACGAGCAUGAGGAGGCCAGCUACUCCACCCCGCUGCUUGGAGGGUUGGGUCGCCUCCUUGGUGUCCAGUCACCCAACUUUCCUCGCUCCUCCCGAGUUUCUCUACUGCGCCGCCGCCCUGGAGCUCCACUAAGUCGCUUCCCCCUCUUUUUGCAUCCAGAGGCACCUUCAACCACGGGUCACCCCCGACACCCCAUCAACCCAGAGCGAGACUCAGACUAUGCCUUCUCCUCUAUGCCCUUGUAUGACAGACCUGGUUUCUACAGCUGCCCACAAACACCAAUCCACUGCGUACCACCUGUGCUGCCCCGCCCUCGGCCUUCCCGGCGAACUCAGAAUGAGUGGGAUCGCAGCAGCAGCUCCCUGGCACCUCCAAUGGCAGCUUCACAGUUCAUACAGCCCGACACCCCCAGUCAGAUUCCCCAACCACCAUCGUCUGCUUUCCCGUGGCUGGGUGAGAACGGUGAAGUGCCGAGUACAUCUGCCUUCUCCUUCCCUGACCCUCCACCGGAGCUCUGCCCAAUAUCCAAACUUAGACCUGGACAUGGCCUGCUGUCUCGCCGUCCUCCACCUCCUCACCUCACUCUGGAACCUCUGCCAUCAGACGACAGUCAGCCUGGACCCCAAAGUGCUCGAGUGGCAGCAGCUGGAGGGGAAAGGGUGUUUUCAUUCAGCCCUCCAUCUCGUAAAGCGUUAGCAAAUCCAAGUAAUCCCAACAAUAGCUCCAGCAGUAUUAAUGCCAUAGGCAUGAACAGCACCGCAACAGGAAGUCUUUGUAACAGUGCAAGUCACAGUAAUUUUAGUAACCAUGGGAACUUCAGCACAAACAUGAAGGCAAGCGACAGCAGCACCGACAGUGGCUUGAGCAAUACCAUGAACAUAGUGUCCAGAUCAACCCCAUUACAGCAAGAAGUCAAUCACCAGAACUCACCCAAUGAUUCUGGAAUCUCAUUGGUUGAGGGGGAUCUCCUAGGGGUUCUGGUGGAUGGUGUGGUGAGCAACACCAUUGCUGGAAGGGAGCAGGACUCAGAAAAGGUGUGACAUAUAAUUUUAGGCCACAAAGGAUUUCACAAUGUCAAGGUACUGAGGUAUAUUUUUGUCAGCCUGAGACAAAUUAUCUGCUGCAAAUUGACCUUUUCUUCCUGUUAAAUGCUGACAGAGCAGUUAACAUGCCCUCAUUGGCCACUUCAUUAUAUACUCCUGUUCAACUACUCAUUUCAGAAACACAAUGGAUUUUGAGAUCAGAGAAGAAUGGU